AGUCUUCCUCGUCUUGGUGCCCAUCCAUCCAUCCAGCCAUCCAGCCAUCCAGCCAGCCGCCAACCAUGCCGUCGAUCCUGCAAACCGUCCGAUAUGCCCUCAAGCGCCCUCCCACCGUCCUGCGCGCCGGCCACCCUCUGCUGAGACUCAAGGCCGAUCCCGUUUCUCCAGCCGAGCUCACGACACCGAAAUUCAAAAAGAUCGUUUCUCAAAUGAAGGAGGUCUUUUCGUCGCCAUACACCCCCGUCAUUGGCCUGUCGGCCCCACAGAUCGGCCAUUCAGUCCGGCUGAUCGCUGUCCAGGUGACAGACUCAAAGACCUUGAAGGAGAAGAACAUGAAGCCCUUCCCACUGACAUUCAUGGUCAAUCCCGAGGUGACGAUCGUGGACACGGAUGCACGCAACUGGGUCUCGGACUAUGAGAGUUGCGAAUCGGUCCCCUCGUACAAUGCCCUCGUCAAGCGGGCCGAGUCGGUCAAGGUCAAAUCUCUGGAUCUGGACGGAAAAGAGGUCAGCAACGAGUUCCACGGCCUCCUCGCCCGGAUUGUCCAGCACGAAGUCGAUCAUCUCGACGGCAAGCUCUAUAUCGACUGUAUGGACCAUGGAUCCCUGCGACAUGAUAAGUACAUCGAUCAAUUUGAGAUCCAUACACGCACCAAACCCAAGCGAAAAUAAGAGCGGCUGCGAUGCAGAAUCCGGCCGUCUUCCCGCUGCGCUGGCAAGUCGGCCAUGUGUGCUCUGCGGCUCGUCAAUAGAAUGUGGCCAUCGUCCCGUCCCGUCCAGCCCCGUCCGUCCCUGCCGCUGUGGCUCGAUCCCCCGCCCAUCCUCUCAUGCAGUCGUCCCCAGCCGGCGAGGCUCCUCCCCAACUCGAUCGCCCAGCUGCAGCCCGGACAGAUCGCCAGCGGCCGCU